AUGCGGUGGUUUGUGGUUCUCUUGCUAACACUGGUUUCAGCUGGCCCGAUACAUUGGCAGCGACAGCAGCUACAACCAUACCGACACUCUUUCGACAACCUCGAUCUCUACUCACAAGACCACUUUGACACCGAAGUGGCUCUCGACACAGACCCCGUCUUGCUGGACGAACGACAGACACAAUGCAUCGACCUGUCGGUGGACUUUUGCAGAGAGAGCUGCCAGAGCAUCAUCACAGAGGUAGCAUCAUGUUUGCCACUGCUUAUGUCCCGAUGUCUGUGUCCCAAGAUUGAAACGUCGCUGCGGAACAUUGCCAUCUGUGUCGCAUGCACCACCCGUUUCCCCAUCAUCUCGACGCUUGGAAACCAGGUAGCCGGCUUUUUGCGUAUCUGCAGCGCUGUCCAGCCCCCGCAUUUGCAGUUUUGCGACAUUGAGGUACCCGAAGCCAGUGGCAGCUUUGCGCUCUCGGAUCUCUCUGGUGGUCUUACAGAUUCCUUUACUGUAUCUGUGGGUGGUACUCCCACCAGUCUGCCUAGUUUUUCUGUAACAGACCCUUCUCUAUCAGGGCCUAGUCUGACUUUUGAUCCCAGCUUCAGUCUUCCUAGCUUCAGCGGUCCCUCUUUUACAGGACCCUCUUCCACAGAGCCUAGCGUUACUGAGCCCAGUUUGACACUGCCCAGUUUCACCUCAGUGUCUGCUCCCUCGUUCACAGACCCCUCACUCAGCUCUUUCAGUCUGCCCGACGUCACUUUGACCGGUCCCCCCUUCACUAGACCGGAAGUGACCCUGUCUAGUGGAAACAUCUCGAGAUCUACCAACCAGGUGUCUACCGCUGCACCCUCGCAUUGUGCCUCGAGCAGAGAUGCUUGUAUUGCAGCCUGUGCAUCUGUGAUCACUAGCAUGCAGCAAUGCAACACUCUGUCUCUUCAAAAGUGCCUUUGUGAUGCGAUUGUCGACUCUGUCCCGGACGUCAACAACUGUAUCUUCUGCAAGAUGGUGUUCCCCGACAUCGGCACUGCUAUCCCCAAUUGGCAGAUCACGGGCAUGCUCCAGUGUCCAGGUGUUAGUAGGGCAGUUUGUGGCACUGUCUUGCCUACCAGUGUUUCGCAGACAAGCCUUUCUACUUCAUCUUCGACUUCGUUGGUUGCGUCUUCUUCUGACGCUUCUGUGUCCGGAUCUUCUGCGUCCUUUCACACCUCUUCCCUUACAAUUUCAGUUUCUUCAUCUCAGAUCAGCUCCACUGUUAACAGCACCUCUGCCGUCUCCAGCACUGCUUUUGUGUCCUCUGACAGCACCACUGAGUCGUCGGUAUUCGAAUCUUCAUCUUCUUCGCCUUCGUCUACUGUUGCUGUCAAUAGUAGUUCUGUUCCUGUAACUACCUCCUCUUCUCAUUUCUCGAGUGCAGUGCCUUCCAGUCACAGCUCAGCUAUUACCUCUUCGACUGUCGAUACUACAGCCAUCAAGUCUUCGUCUGAUGGCUCUGGUUCGAUAGUUUCUUCAGCUUCUGUUUCUUCUUCUAAUGCCACAUCUGGUAUUUUUCCUUCGGACAUCACCUCUUCUCAGGUGUCUAACUCUGGUUCAGUGUCCAGCAGCUCCGUCCCUAGCAGCUCGAUAUCGAGCUCUAGUACCGAUUCCAGUUCUGGCGUCCCCAGCACUGUCGACUCGUCCUCAACUUCCGGCUUGCAUUCUUCUGCCGUGACAACUGGACCGUCUUCAUCUCUUUCUUCGACCACUUCUUUCUCCAACUCGACGACUGACAGAACUACCGCUGUCAUUCCUCCUGGCACCCGGUCUUCAUUCACAGCUUCUCAGACUGAUGUUUCUUCGGGGCUGACAGAUAGCUCUUCUGCUUCUAAGACUUCGGCCGUUGAUUCAUCAACUUCCGAGACCUCAGUCUCUAGUGCAGGAACGUCGGCUUCCAGUACUGGAGAAUCGUCAGCUAGAACUUCAAAGUCAACUGCUUCUGAAAGUCUCUCGACUUCUGAAGUUUCAUCUUCUGGCGUGACCUCUGAGUUGUCAGCUUCCUCAACUGUGACACCUGAUGUCUCCAGCUCCUCUCUGUCUUCUGAUCCUAGCUCGUCUGUAUCCUCUGAUGCAUCAAGCUCGGUGUCUAACACAGCGUCGGCUAGACCAGUGUCUAGUUCAGAUGUCUCCAGCACGGGUUCCAGUUCUGCGGGCAGUUCGGACUCAUCUGCAUCUACAUCGGGACCUUCGGCCACUAAUGUCGCAUCCACUAGCUCAAGUGGCUCCGCUUCUGUGUCCUCUACAGACAGUAGUUCUGCUUCUUCUGAGACCAACAGUGGCAUAUCAAGCAAUGGCCCUUCAACCGCUUCCACAAAUUCUGCCCCUGCUUCUAGUUCUGCUUCCUCAACUGGUCCCAACUCAGACUCAAGCCAUGAUCCCACUUCUGCCCCUGCUACAUCCAGCGAUCCAAGCAGUACUGCAAACAGUGUUUCUCAGAGCUCGUCAAGUGCGUCCAGCUUGCCAGGUUCCAGCCUCUCGGCUCCGGACUCUUCAAGCGUAUCUAGUUCUUCGGCUUCAGCCAGUGCUUCUUCGCUAGAGUCCAGCUCAAGCAGUGUGACCAGCUCGAUUGUAUCCAGCUCUGCAGGAUCCAGCAGCAGCGACGAGACUUAUACAGGUACAUCUGCCACUUCAGGCUCGUCAGCGACAGGUUCGUCUUCCUCUGUCUCAUCUGACUCCACUUCUGCCUCUACUACUGACUCUUCUUCGUCCAGCAGUUCGGCAAGUGCUUCGUCUGGAUCUUCUGAUCCAGGCACUGCUUCUGAGAGCGCAGCUGCUUCAGCCUCUGCAUCUCGGUCUGCUUCUGCUUCUCCUUCAGCCUCUGUUUCUUCGGACACAUCUUCUAUCCCCCAGACUUCGGCUAACCUGGUGCCUUCAACCCGGUCCAUUCCCUACAAUGGCACUGCUCUUCCUCCCGUGGACAAUGGUGUUAACCCCACUGCCAACCCCACAGACUCUCCUGUGUCGGCUCUCGGAGAUGGUGAGUCCCCUGUCUCCGAUGAUAGCUCCCCUUCUCCUACUGGUGGUGCUGGAGAUGUAAACGGCAAUCCUAGCGAUGGAUCUGGCGACGGCAGCACAAGCGGCAGUAAUGGCGGCGACACUAGCAACGGUUCUGGCAACGGUGACUCUAGUGAUCCUAACAAUAACGAUCCUAACAACCCGAGUGAUCCCAGCAACCCUGGUAACGAUCCCAACGAUCCCAACAGCCCCGACAGUCCCAGUAAUGACCCUAACAGCGCUGAUCCUUUCAAUGCCAAUAAUCCCAGUGAUCCCAACAAUCCAUUAAACUCUAACGAUCCUUCGAACAACUCGAAUAGCCCCAAUAGCUUGAACGAUCCCUCUAACGAUCCCAGCGAUCCGUCUUCUUCCGGUGCUGCUGGCGCCAAUGGCGGUUCUCCUGGUAAUGGAGGCUCUUCUGGGGGCUCUGGCAACGGUGGGUCGGGUAACAGCGGCGCGGAGGGACACGCUCCGGUCCCAGUCCGCCUGGAUCUGGCUCUGGCUCGUCUGGCUCAUCUGGAGGUCAUGGUGCUCCUGGAUCUGGCAGUGGAGGUUCUAGCGGCGGUGGAAAUGGUGGUGGGAAUGGCGGUGACGGUGGAAAUGGCGGUAACGGUGGAAAUGGCGGUAGCGGUGGUGGAACCGAUGGUGGAUCGUCUGGUGGCGUCAGUGGUGGUUCUUCAGGAGGGUCCUCAUCAGGAUCGUCUGGAGGAUCUAGUGGAUCUUCUGGAUCUAGUGUAUCUUCUGGAUCUUCUGGAUCUUCUGGAUCUUCUGGAUCCUCUGGAUCCUCUGGAUCCUCUGGCUCUUCUGGCUCUUCUGGCUCUUCUGGCUCCGGAUCGUCAGGCUCAUCGGGAUCUUCUGGCUCUUCUGGCUCCUCUGGCUCUUCUGGCUCCGGAUCGUCAGGCUCAUCGGGAUCUUCAGGAUCUUCUGGCUCAUCAGGCUCCUCUGACUCGGGAACUGGUUUUUCGGGCUCGAGCGGUGGUUUUACUUCUGGCGACAACAACAACUCGCCUAACAACUCGCCUGAUGCUAAUUCUCCUAACUCCCAAAACCCCGACUCUCCUGACAGACCCACUUCUACCACUCCUCACAACAACGACGGUUCGCCUGCUUCGCCUGUGCAGCCUCCCAUGGGCUCUCAAGGCACGAUUCCCAAUCUGCAGGGCAACCGAACCAACUCUACUCGGGGCAACAAAUCCGAGGGCAGUACCACGUACGGUGGCCUGGGCGGCAAUGGUUCCAUGUUUGGUUCCGCCGCUACUGCGAUUUCCAUGA